AUGGAGAAGGACACCUUGGCCGCACACAGGAGACACCGGCCAGGCCCCGGGGCCCCUCCCUCGGCCAUGGGCCCCGGACACCCCAAGGCAGCCAGCGAGAUGGCCGAGCUGCAGAGGAGCCGGAGUGUGGGCGGCCUGCACCAGAAGGGAGACCCCCCCAGCUGCAUCACGAAGCUGUGCAAGGAGCCAGAGUCUGACGAUCAGGGGAAGGGACUCAGAAGCGAGGCGGAAGAUGCCGGCUGCCAGGCAGACCCGGAGGAGGACAAGCAGCAGCGGCGCCGGGACGCCCCCGGGCAGGGGCACGAGGAGGGGGAGGAGGCUCAGCCAGAGGCCAAGAGCAGCCCUGAGGCCCGCGGCCAGGAGGAGCCGGACAGCGGGGAGAGCGCAGACCAGUGCACCCCGGAGGCCAAGGAAGAAGAGCCAGAGUCCAUACAGCUGGGUGACCUUCUGGAAAAAGAGAAACCAUCUGUGUUUGUGGAGAUUGAUCUGGGAGACCGAUCUGAGGAGGUGAUCACGUGCGCCAUGAAAGAAGAGAAGCGGUCCCAGAUGGACGUGGGGGAUUUGUCAGAGGACGAGACCAGGACCAGCUGGGUGUGCUGCAUCCCGUACUCCACCAGAAAGAAGGUGAAGGAGAGUUCAUAG